AUGUAUCACGGCUACAAGAUCACAGCACGUCUUGCGGUUGUACUCUUCUUAUGUCAACCAUUAGUUCUUGCGGGCUUUAAUGAUCUCUUUCAUGUGAAAAUAGGUACGGAGAAAAGUGGUUGUGACGAUGUUGCCCAGGAUGUUCCGGCAAUCUUUGAUGAGGCUGUCUUGAUCAUCAACUCCGCUGUUGAGUCUAUACAUGGAUACCGGACGGAUUUUCAGGUCCGAAAGAUCGCGUUGGCCUUCUUCAACAUUCAAAUGAACGACGAAAUGACUCUUGCAAAAGAAGGAAAAGAUGCAGACAUGUUGCGUGCUAUCCAAUAUGGGUUUGAAAGACUACAAGAAAUUGCUCAGAAAAUCCUGGAUGAGAAGCAAAAGAUUUGGAUUUUCUGUGCGAGCGAUUGGGUAGAAUAUGCCGCACCAGACGACCACUACCUCAUGGAAGAUGAUAAUGGAGUUUUUAGAGAAGUUAUUUUGGCAGAUGCGGAUCCAAUACAGGAUUUCGGCCCUGUGAUAUUCCCAGAACAAACAAAAGAAAAGAAACCUAUUGCAAGGGUGCGAGAUGUGCUGGUACAGAAAGCGCUAGUGCAAGGCAAGAAUCCAUACCUCAGCAGAGAUAUCAAGCAAUAUCUUCUAGAUGAUCCGAACCCGGACAAAGUGGUACACGCUUAUGAUAAUGGAGCAACCGCGGCAUACUCAUCAGUUUUCCCUUCAGGAAAGGAUCACAAGAAUCGGGCCUUGACACUGUGCAGAGAUGGGUUCUUCGGGAGAUACAAAGACAGAUUGGACAUCAAUCAAGCAGAAAUGGGAGUCUAUCUUGAUUCUUUCCAACCGAAGUCAUUGACCUUGAUCCACGAAUUAUACCACUUAGGAUCGCAGGGCCCACUGAGCGCUGAUCUAAUUGGUUGGGCUCCCCCCACCGACGUCCAGCCAAAGGACGAAGAAGGAAACGUGAAUCCAGGAUGGCCUGGGGAUCCAGCGAACUUUGUCAAAAGCAAGAUUCCAGCAGGUGAGAGAUAG